AUGGAUGGUACAGAGAAUGCACGAGCUUCAAGGAGUAAAUCAAGCCAUAAUAACCUGAGCAGUAGCAUUAGGAGCAGCUUGAGCCGGACUACUAGGAGAAUGGACGAUGUUUUUGCGGGAGCAAGCCGACAGUCCGGAAGUAGCACUCGAGUUGCGGAAGAGGAAGAAGCACUCAGACGGGCUGCUAUAGAGAAGUUGCCAACUUAUGAUCGUUUAGGAACAAGGCAGGUACUCAAACUUCCGACGGUGGAAGUUAGGCUUGAGCAUUUAAACAUUGAAGCCGAUACCUAUAGGGGUAGCAGAGCUCUUCCGACACUUCCAAAGGAGGCAGCAGAAUUAGCUCUUGGUGUGGCAACUGCAAUUGAAGGAGCUGAAAGCAGUCUGGCAACUGACUACAUUUUCAAAGUACUAGGGCUUGAUAUAUGCAAGGGUACAGUUGUAGGAAAUGAGAUGAAUCGAGGAGUAUCGGGAGGACAGAAGAAACGAAUAACAACAGGUUAA